AUGGCUAAUCCCACAAAGGAUUACCAAGCCGAGUUGGCUACCAAAGCGGCCGACAUUUUUGUUGAAAGUUUCUACGAAGCUCUAAAUAAGCCCAAUCUUCGCUCAACAAUAGCAUCAUUCUACAUCAAGCCUUCCGCUCUGGCCCCGGCCGAAGCAUCCAUAACCAUCAAUGGAAACAUCGUACCAACACCCUCCGCCUUCCAAGAAACGUUCGAAAACAAAAUAGGCAAAACUUCAUAUGAAGCACAAGCAUAUGAUGCUCAUGUCAUAAACCCAAACUACAAUAUAGGGGUUGAGGAAAGCAAGCUUGGGCCGGAUAAGGAUGGGAAGAAAAUUAGUAUUGCCAUUAUGGUUAACGGAUCAGUGAAAUAUACGUCGAAGAAUGGAGACGAGGGAGAAGAGCGGAGUUUUAUGGAGAAUUUCGUCUUGGUGCCCAAUGUGGAGGCCAGAAAUCCAAAGGCGCCGAAGGGGAUCAAAAAAUGGUUGAUUCAGAAUUGGUGCUUUGAGGUUUCGAAAUCAAGAGAGUAUGAAGCAAAUAUGGGAAAGGAAGAUUGGUUAGAGAACCCUAAAAUGAACGGAAGGUUAGAGGGCACUCUCUACGGGAAGCAGCAUUGCUCGGUGAAUCGAAGUAAUGCCACUCUACUGAAAGCGCUCAUGGCCGAUUCAUAUGGCGGCGCCCCUCAAACGUCUCAAAUUUGA